UGUAUCGCGCCCUCGCCGUGUCCGGGGGUACCCUGCCCCGCCGAAAGUCAGGCUGGGAUUCCUGGCCCUCCAGUCCUGGGCCCGUGACCCCCGCUUCCCCAAGCUACUGUCUGUGACUGAGAGAUGAGGAGAGACCUGACUAGCAGGGGGCCUCUGCGGUGCCUUGAUAGGCCAUCCCCGGGGCCCCUGCCCCUCUUUGAGAAUGUCUGGGAGGAGCCCCUGCCUCGGCUUGGCUUUUCAGGAGUCUAGGAGGCCUGAGCUUUUGCAGACAUGCACCCUGGGGGUGAAGACUAGUCUAUCCAGUUUAAUGGAACCCCUGACUCCCAGCGUGGACUGAGUGGUCCAUGCCUCUGGACCCCAGGAGGACUGUUAUGUCCCUGCAGUUCCAGUCACCGGGGGUAAAGCCUAGGAGGAGAGCCACGGAGUGACUCCGUUGGCGGCACUACUACCGAAGUGAGUAGUUUCACUAGCACCAAAGCAGUUUUGGAACUGGGACCAGACCACAGAGAGUCCAGGGUCCAGGGCUGGGGACCAGGGCUCAGGAUUCCGCUGGAAGAAUCUCAGCCAGAGUCCUGAACAGCAGCGGAAAGUGCUGACUUUGGAGAAGGAGGAAAACCAGACCUUCGGCUUUGAGAUCCAGACGUAUGGCCUUCACCAUCAGGAGGAGCAGCGUGUGGAGAUGGUGACUUUUGUCUGCCGGGUUCAUGAGUCAAGCCCUGCCCAGCGGGCUGGGCUCACACCAGGGGACACCAUCGCCAGUGUCAACGGCCUGAAUGUGGAAGGCAUCCGGCAUCGCGAGAUCGUCGACAUCAUUAAGGCAUCUGGCAACGUUCUCAGGCUGGAAACUCUGUAUGGAACGUCAAUUCGGAAGGCGGAGCUGGAGGCUCGUCUGCAGUACCUCAAGCAAACCCUCUAUGAGAAGUGGGGAGAAUAUAGGUCCCUGAUGGUGCAGGAACAGCGGCUGGUCCAUGGCCUCGUGGUGAAGGACCCAAGCAUCUAUGACACUCUGGAGUCAGUGCGCUCCUGCCUGUACGGAGCCGGUCUGCUCCCAGGUUCACUGCCCUUCGGGCCCCUGCUGGCUGCACCUGGGGCGCCCCGUGGGGGCGCACGGCAGGCUGGGGGUGACCCCGAUGAUGCCAUCUACCACACGUGCUUCUUCGAGGGCGCUGAGCCGCCUGCUCCCCCGCCACCCCCAAUCCGCGCGCCGGGCCUGGGCCCAGCUGAGACCCUGACCUGCGGACUGCGGGCAGGGCUGAGCCGCAGCGCCAGCGUGCGGUGCGCGGGCCCUGGGGGCGGCGGCGGCGGGGGCGCGCCAGGCGCGCUCUGGACUGAGGCCCGCGAGCAAGCCCUUUGUGGCCCCGGCCUGCGCAAAGCCAAGUAUCGCAGCUUCCGCCGGCGGCUGCUCAAAUUCAUCCCCGGACUCAACCGCUCCCUGGAGGAGGAGGAGAGCCAGCUGUAAGGGAGGGGCAGGCGGGGAGGGGAGGUAUUUAUUUAUUUAUUCAUUCCAGCUAGUGCAAAAAGAGAGGGGGGUUGGGAGGUCAGGCUGGCGCCAGGCCCCGGAAAGGGACCCCAGGAGCCCGAAGCAGUGGGAGAGGGUCCUUGCCAGCCCAACGGGCCUGCUAGGUUCCUGGUUUGUCUCUGCCCAGCAGUAAACCCAGGCCACAGACCCCUUUACUCCUCCUCCCUAAACCAUAGUGGGAGUUGGCACAGGGGAGAACCAGGCAAGCUCGGGGUUGGGAGAGGUUGGGGGACCAAACAUGGGGUGUGCCGUCCUACAUCUGGUCAUUGGUGCCUUGUGGCCUGUGCAGGAAAACUCCUUCAAGGGGGUGGUGACCCUGUCCCGCGAAGCCCUCUCCUCAGCUUUACUCGCUCUCCUUGGCCUUGGAGAGAACUGGCCCUAUUGCGGGUAGUUCCCCCACCGUGUAUACACACACCCACACACCCAAACAGGUCCAUCUAACCAGUGGGCCCCCCAGGGGGCCUACGGUGCUGGUCCCCCUCACUCCUGUCUUGAUUCUUAAGGGCUUGGCCCCUCCCAGGGGCCUGUAAGUUGGGUCCCGCUGGGCAGGGGUCCUGGGUUCUCUGCCCUUUGGGGGACAGAAAUGGGCAUGUUGGGGUGGGGUGGGGGCAGCACAGGCUGUUCCACCAUUUCGCAUAUUGUUGCUUCUGAACCACAACUGUAUAAAAUUGAUGGUUUUUGCA